AUGCAGCUGCUGCUGAAAUUAAGCCUAACGCUAGCAUUGGCAACCACAUUGGUGCAGGCUUUUGGCAACGAAUAUGUGCACAUCAAGGUGCAUGUGCCCAAGGAGCAGGCACCGGCCAUAGCCAUUGAUGCCGAGCCGCAUCCACCACAGAAAGUGAUUCAUCAUUUCCAUCAUCAUGCGCCGCCGCCGCCGCCACAUGGACGUGGUCGCGGACGUGGACCGCCGCCGCCAGCUAAGCUCAAGACCAGUCCACUGCUGGAGAGCGUUAUACUCUCGGAUCUGGAUAAGCCAUUGCAUAUGAGUGAGCAUGCGGAUUAUUUGAAUCACGCCAAGGAGCUGGCCGAGCAUUUAAGCGAAACAUAUGUGGUCAAGAAACCGCCAGCGCCGCCCAAAAAGAAAGUCAACACUUAUACCAUCAUUGAGGAGAAGCAACCACCACGUCAUCAUGGCUACGACUAUGAGCCGCACUCGCAUGCAGAUGCCCCCGUGGACACGUAUCGUGUGCAGCAUUAUCCACGCAAACAUGCGCCCAUCCAUGUGACUGGGCCAGAUGAUGAUGAUGAGGACAUUGGUUAUCCACCAGCUAGCCAUCAUACGCAUUCGCACCACAAGCCACCAUCCAAUUCGUAUCUUGCACCGGAGCCAGCGCCUGUGGAGGAGCUCUCAGAAGUGGAUGCAGGCGGCUAUAGCUAUAAUCCACCAGCCUAUGCCAAAUCAUCACAUACGCCAGCCCAUACGCUGGAGGCGCCAGAUGAGCAAACUCAUUAUGGGUAUGAAUAUUCCAACAACGGCUUUCGUCCCUCCCCGCAGCUGCACAACAGUCGCGCCAGCAGCAACUACGAGGAUGACAUUGAUGCCUAUGCAGCGCCGCUGCCUAGCUCUCGACGUCGUCGUCCCAAUGCCGUAGACUGGUCGCCUGGGCAUGCACAAGCUAGCAGCAGUGGACACUCCACUGGCUAUCACUAUCCUGGACCCUAUCUCUAA